GCAUGGUCACAUGCUGCACUCUUGGCUCUCAUGCAAAUGUUGCAUAUGCUUUUCAUGUGGAUUCCUGCAACAUGGCCGGAUUCCUUUACCUAGAGCUGUUCGUGGCAUCCUCGAACUCUCCCAGUGAUCGCAUAAAGAAAUGAAAAGAUGCUCAUUGUCUGUGCCUCUAUUUAUUUCCUUCUCCUCGCGCAGAGAUGCUGUUGUGGCGUCACAGGUGAUUCGAUCCUUUGACAGGCGGACUUCGAUUUGAGGAAUGUGCAGUAAUCUCCAGAUCUUAACGACCUUGCGACUAGAAAAUAUGGCAGACGCCAUUAACUACUAAGGGAGGUCGCCUGGUGUCAGUUUGCUGCGAAGCUGGGAAACACAAGAUCUCUCCUUCCGAUUACAUCUCUUGGUCAUUUUCUCAUACAAGUGGUGGGGAAGGCAGAUGACCCAAUAUUUUUGUUGAUCCUCUGUCCUGAAACUGAUUGCGUCUUGAACCUCCUUUAGGAAGUCAUCUUCUAUAAGUGUGCCUGACAGUUUAGCUUCAAAGAGUUGGUAUUGCUGAUACGAAUGCUCGUGUUCUCUCAAUAUAGUCAAUACAAGUGAAGAAGUGCGUGCUCGGAAGACAGAAGUGAAGAGAAGGUGCACAGAUUUUGUUUGUCUCGCUAUGAAGUUCAUGAAGCUUGGAUCAAAGCCUGAUUCUUUUCAGGGUGAUGAGAAGGAUCAAAGGUUUGUAGCUUCUGAGUUAGCUGCUGAUAUCAUUGUUCAUGUCGGCGAAGUAAAAUUCCACUUGCACAAGUUUCCCUUGUUGUCCAAGAGUUAUCUCCUGCAGAAGCUGCUAAUGGCUUCCAAUGAUGACAAGGUCGAUGAGAUUUGCAUUACUGAUAUCCCUGGUGGAGCUACAGCUUUUGAAACUUGUGCAAAAUUUUGCUAUGGAAUGACUGUAACACUCAAUGCUCACAAUGUAGCCGCCACUCGAUGUGCAGCUGAGUACUUGGAGAUGCAUGAAACAGUUGAGAAAGGGAAUCUUGCGUACAAAAUUGAAGUCUUCCUCCGGACUAGCAUAUUUCGUAGUUGGAAAGAUUCGAUCAUAGUUCUUCACACAACAAGGUCUCUUCUACCCUGGGCCGAGGACUUGGAAUUGAUCACUCACUGCAUAGAUUCUAUUGCCUCCAAUGCUUGUGUUGAUACUUCUAAAGUGGAAUGGUCAUACACCUACAACAGAAAGCAGCUUCUAUCUGAAGUUCUUAAUCCACGACAAUGGAAUGGAGUUAGAAAACAGAACCAAGUGCCAAAGGACUGGUGGGUGGAGGACCUGUUCGAACUCCAAGUCCACUUCUUUAAGAAGAUAAUAUUGGCCAUUAGUGCUAGAGACAGAAUGUCCUCUCAGGUGAUUGGAGCUGCACUGGAAGCUUAUACCUGUCAUAGAUUAUCGAGUUUAGGCAGAGAACCAAUGAGAAAGGGAGGUGAUAGCAUGACCACUUCAUUUGUGGAGACUGUGAUUUCACUGCUGCCCUUAGAGAAGGGUUCUGUCUCAAGCAAAUUCCUUCUGAGGUUACUGAAAGUUGGAAAUUUGUUGAGUAUUGGCGAAACUGGCAAGAAGGAACUAACAAAGCGAAUAGGGCGCCAAUUAGAAGAUGCUUCAGUUCGUGAUCUUCUAAUCCCUGCGUCCGCGGAGAGUGCGAUGUAUGACAUCGACAUGAUUCUCAGUUUAGUAGAAGAAUUCAACUGCUCUGCUUUGGCUUCCGGGAAUUCAAGAACUGUUGUAGCAAAGCUAGUGGACGGCUAUCUUCUUGAGGUAGCACAAGAUCCCAAUUUGCCUCUUUCCAAAUUCGUUGAUCUUGCUGAGCUUGUACCAAAUGAACUAAGACCUCUGCACGAUCAGCUUUAUCAUGCCAUUGAUGCUUAUCUCGAGGGGCAUCCAGCGCUCGGCAAGAGAGAGAGGAAACGGCUGUGCGGUCUCUUGAACUGCAAGAAGCUCUCGGUGGACGCUUGCGCGCAUGCUCUGCAGAACGAGCGCCUGCCGUUACGGAUGGUGGUGCAGAUCAUGUACGUCGAGCACAUGCGCGUGUCGAUUUCUAUGGCCAGCUGCCAGGGUGGAUGCUCAAGGUCAGCCAUGGCGACCGUAACUCAAGAUGCACCUGUUGAUUCAAGCGGCGAUGACGGUCGAAGUAUCAACAAUGGCAAGACGACGAGAGGCAUGGUGCUACCGAAGAAAAUCCUCAAGAAGCUGUUGUCGAGUACAGGACAAUCAGGAGAGAACAAUGGCUCCUCGGAUGCCUCAGGAAGUCCGAUCUUGGCCAACCCGGAGAAGCAGAAGCUCACGCCUCCGAGGAAGGCAAGGCACUCGGUCUCCUAGCUGAGCAUCGCCAUUGCUGAUGAGCCAAGCAAACACUGCGAGAGAAUUUUGUCACCUCUCUGAAGUUUUGACGGAUCUAGCUCAAGCUAGGCGCUGUCCAAUUCUCGAGGCUAAAAUUCUGUUUAAAAAAAUAAAAUAAAAUCAACGCAGUGUACUGAUAAAUUCUCUGAUUAUAUUUAUGAACGAGCCUUGGCACAUUCACCAACACUCCUCCAGACUA